AUGCCCUUUUUCCCAACUGUGAAGACAGCAGCAAAGCAUCAGACUCUGACAAUAAGGAAAUUUGCUAUCCUGGCAUCUGUGAAGCUUCCCUCUGGUUUCCUACUAAUCAAGAAUGCCUUCACUAGUUAUGAAUUUGCCUCUGAAGGAAAACAUUUCGCCCCUCGAGACCUAUUUUCGAAAUACAAAACAGUGGCUUAA